UGCUAUGUUAAGGGUGUUUCUGUAAUUUUAGACGAACCUCCAAGCUUGGCAACGAAGAUGCAAGAAGUAGAAGAAGCAAGUGAUUGAGAAAGUUUUGCAUUGUGCCGUUGAAACGCUGACUCAGUGAGUUGGCAUUCUGUGUCUGAUAUUUUCUGUGGGAGUAAAGGACUGAGUUAUGGGCGAGUCAAGUGGCUCGGUUUCCAUUGAUAUUGAUAUGAUACCUUUAGGAGGGAAGGAGUGUGUGGUGAAAACAAGCAAAGGUUCAAUCUCUGUGUUUGUAUGUGGGGACCAAGAAAAGCCUGCUUUGAUAACAUACCCAGAUGUUGGUCUCAAUUACAUGUCUUGUUUCCAAGGCCUCUUCUUUUGCCCAGAUGCAGCUUCUUUGCUCCUUCAUAACUUCUGCAUUUACCACAUUGAUGCCCCAGGCCAUGAGUUGUUGCAGGUGGGAGCUGAUUCCAUUUCUUCAGAUGUUCCAUUGCUUAGCGUGGACGAUCUUGCAGACCAGGUAGCCGAAGUGCUUGAUUAUUUCGGGCUGAAAGAGGUUCUGUGCUUAGGUGUAACAGCUGGUGCUUACAUCCUUACUCUCUUUGCAAUGAAAUAUCCAGAGCGGGUGCUUGGGUUAAUUCUCGUAUCUCCUCUUUGUAAAGCACCCUCAUGGACUGAAUGGCUCUACAACAAGGUAUUGUUGAACUUGUUAUACUUUUAUGGUAUGUGUGGUGUAUUGAAGGAAUGCCUCCUCCAGCGUUACUUUAGUAAGGAACUUAGGUGUGGCAUGCAUGGGGCAGAAUCAGACGUAAUACACAGUUUCAGAAGGUUACUGGAUGAAAGGCAAAGUUUGAAUGUCAUGCGUUUCCUUCAAGCUAUUAAUGAGAGGCGUGACCUUACAAAGGGCUUGAAGAAGCUGCAGUGCAAGACACUUAUUUUUGUAGGUGAUAGCAGUGAAUUCCAUGCUGAAUCUGUAUAUAUGAGUGCCAAAAUGGGCAGAAAAAGCUGUGCUCUUGUUGAGGUUCAAGCUUGUGGCUCACUAGUGACAGAAGAGCAUCCAUAUGCUAUGCUAAUUCCUAUUGAAUUCUUCUUGAUGGGGUUGGGUUACUACAGACAACAACAUUUUGCUUCCUCAUCAAGUAAUGGCUCUAACCCAACUAGCCCUUCAAGCCAGUCAUGCAUAGCGCCAGAACUUCUCUCUCCAGAGAGCCUGGGAAUCAAGCUUAAGCCCAUCAAAACCCGAGUAGAUAUUGAAAUUUGAUGCAGAAGGAAAUGACUGUUUGAAGGAAAUGGUGUCUCAGCUUCACACACACACACACACAUAUAUAGCCAUCAUAGAUUUGUAAUUUCUUCUUGAUAGCAUAUUCUUUGAUUCUGUUAAAUUGGGUUAGGAUAUUGGUGAUUAAGAUGAAGUGAAGUUAUGUAAUUUUCGAACUUGAUUGUAGAUAGAAUAGGGGCAUAUAAUAUAGAUGGAAGGUAGAACUAUUAUUCUUUCA